AUGUCUAUAGACGAACAAUCAUCGAUUUCGAUUUCAUCUAAUGAUUUAACAACUUGUAUCAAAGUUCUUUCCACAUUUACUAAUAAAGAUAAAUAUUUUUCAAUUGAAUCAGAUGAAUUUGCAAGUAUUCGACCAAUAAUACAUCGUUUACAUCAUAUUGGAAAACGUUUAAAUAAAAAAACAAAAAAAUAUAAUUCAGAUUCAAUAAAAUUAAUUGAUCAAAAAGUCGUUCGAUUACGUCGAGCUAGAAAAUUUAAACAAUUUCGAUUAGAACAUACUAUUGUACCUGAUGGUAUUGUAUCAAUGGAAACAAUAAAUAACGAUAAUGAAAAUAAUACAACACAACAAUUAAAUGAAUCAAAAUCUUGUUAUUUAUGUAAACUUGAAUAUCAUAUAUUACAUUUUUUUUAUGAUCGACUUUGUCCAUCAUGUGCCAAAUUUAAUUAUGAAAAACGUAUACAAACAACUGAUCUUACAAAUUGUAUUGCUUUAGUAACGAAUGGUCGAAUUAAAAUUGGUUAUCGAAUUGUUUUAAAAUUAUUACGUGCUAAUUGUUUUGUUAUAACAACAAGUCGAUUUCCAAUCGAUUUUUUAAAUCGUUUAAAUAAAGAACAAGAUUUUGAACAAUGGAAAGAUCAUAUACAUAUUUAUGGAAUUGAUUUACGAUAUUCACAACUUGUAGAAUCAUUUACAGAAAUGUUAAUUGAAAAAUAUGAUCGAUUAGAUUUUUUAAUUAAUAAUGUUUGUCAAACAAUUCAAAAAUCAAAUGAAUUUUAUCAACAUUUAUUUAAUCAUGAAAGAUUAACUAAUUAUUCUCUUUUACCGAAUGAUCAACAAAAGAUUUUAAAUGGAAAUCUACAAUUCUAUGAACGAUUAGUACCAUUUUCUAAUCGAAUUCAACAAACAUCAUCAUAUUCACCAUCUUUACUUUAUACAAAUAACUCAAACAAUAUUCCUAAACAAACAUCUUUAAUAAUUAAUAAUACUUCAUUUGAUAUAAACGAUCAACUCAUUGAUUUUUGUUCAACAAAUUCUUAUUUAUCACGUCUUAGUGAUUUAUCAACAAUUGAAAUGAAUGAAAUUUUUACUAUAAAUACUUUAGUACCAUUUAUUCUCAAUAGUAAACUUAAAAUACUUAUGGCUGAUAAACAUCCAAAUCCAGAUAGUAUUAAAUUUAUUAUAAAUGUAUCAUCUAUCGAAAGUUCAUUUUCUCAUUGUAAUAAAACUGAUCAACAUCCACAUACAAAUGCAGCUUCUGCUGCAUUAAAUAUGAUGACACGUACAUCAGCUAUAGAUUAUCAAGUAUCAAAUAUUUUUAUGAUUUCUGUAGAUACAGGUUUGAUUAAUAAUAAAAAUACUUUAGAAAACACAAUGAAAUCAAUGAUUGAUCAAGAUUUUCAAAUACCAUUUGAUGAAGAAGAUGCUGCAGCACGUGUUCUUGAUCCAAUUAUUGAUACUUACAAACAAUUAUCAGAAGGAAAAACAGAUAUUAAUAUUCCUUAUGGAUGUUUUCUAAAAGAUUAUCAUAUAUGUAAUUGGUAA